AUGUCUUCUCACUCUACCUCUACUUCUGCAUCUGCCGCUGCCGCUGCCAACCAGGCUCUCAUAGCUCUUGUCACCCGGCUCACUGAGAUGGUUCAAGAUGUCAACCGGUUGCCGUCACAAGAGGAAAAAAUGGAGUUGAGCCGGAAGAUUGCGCGUGAAGUGAAUGAUGCAAUUCGCACCUAUGGGAAGGAGGCUUCCUAUGUUCCCCCAAACCUGCUGUCACUUGCAGCUGAGAUCUUUCGCGCUCAGAGGCGCACCACACAAUUGGUGGAAGUACCGGAUUGGACCCGUCUUGGGAACAAUCAGGACAUGUGCAUGAAGCACCCAUUGUACAGUAAGACAUUGGGUGCUGCACCACCUAUUGCGUCUGCAGCUCCUGUAGCAACUGCACCGGUACCGGUACCGGCACCACCACCUGCUCCCACACCUGCACCACCACCUGCACCUGCACCUGCACCUGCACCUGCACCUGCACCUGCACCUGCACCUGCACCUGCACCUGCACCUGCACCUGCACCUGCACCUGCACCACCACCUGCACCACCACCUGCACCCACCCCUGCACCUGCACCGGCACCACCACCUGCUCCUGCUCCACCACCUGCUCCUGCUCCACCACCUGCUCCUACCCCUGCACCGGCACCACCACCUGCACCUGCACCUGCACCUGCACCUGCACCUGCACCACCACCGGUACCGGUACCGGCGCCUGCGCGAGAUGCCAGCAUUCGCAUGCCAAGACGUGCAGCAUCCGGUGAAACUGCACCGGCAGGGUCGUCGACGACGCGGAAACGUCGACUCAGCACCAGCCCUCCUGUCCCUCGUGGCAACCGGUCCCGGAAGCCUGUCGUCAAGUCGAAGGCAAUCUUGUCCGACACUGAUACUACUGACGGUGAGACGGUGAAGGGGAAGGGGAAGGCAAAGGUGCCGGAAGUUGAGGGUGAUGAGGACAACGACGUGAUCGAUGUCGAUGACCUUCCGGAUGCUCAGCCCCGGAAAUCAACGCGCAAGGCUGUUGUCCCUGCAAAAAAGCAGGGCAAACUGAAGGCAAGUCGGUUUGUUGCGAUUGCAGAGGAUGAUGAAGAUGAAUUGGAGGAGGAUGAAGACGCACAAGGCAAAUCAAAGGCCACUUUACGUCCAGGGAAGCGACAAAAACUGUCCAGCCAGUCCAAGGUCAAGACCACCGGCAGGAAGACCAAGGUACAAGAGCCGAGAUGCAAGGCGAAGAAUGUGGAGUGUUGCCCCCGGUUAACGAAGAAAGGCGAUGUCGCCUCGACAUGCACGUUGUGCCACGUCUGGAAGAUGGCAUGUAUCCGGCCGGAUACAGAGAGUUCCACCGUUACCCCCACCACUGACACUGCACCACCUGCCGCAAUCACCACACGCUCUAAGACGACCCGGUCCAAAGCGACCGGCAAGAAGAUGGUGGGGAAAUCUAAUGCGAAAGAACAGAAAAUCCGGCAACCUAGUCCUAUCGAAGAGGAAGACGACAACAUCGAGAUGUUCGAUGGCACUGUGGGUGUGCCGGGUGCUCAACAGCAAUCCGCCCCUUUGGCGUCAGCAGACGAUUUCCCUGCGGAUCACUGGAUCGAGCCCGGCACUGACGAGUUGCCACCUCCAGCUCCAUCACCGGCCAUGGCCUCAGAGGACGACAUCCGGUUCUCACCAUUACCUGUCGUCCACACCCCACCCAUCCGGCACCCCCUUUCUCAUGACCAGAUGGAGGCCAUGUUGGCCCAAAUUCGCGUUGAGAUGGAGGACCUUCGUACACGCGAUCGAUUGGAAAUCGACUUGCGGCAAGAUCGCCUGGAGCGUCGCAUGGGCCUUGCAGAGGCAUCUGACAGUGCAAUGUCCAUGCAGGUGGACGAACUCGAGCGGGAUAUGCAGGUGCAGCGUGGACUCCUCUCUGAGUGCACCGCCGAAGUGAGAGGCAUCGUCAGGUAUCUGAGGGAGCAUAGAUCUGCUCAAACACCAGCAUCAACUCCUCCGCCGGCAUUCAACCCACCUCCCAUCACAGCUCCCGGCCCAUCCAUCAGUGCAUUUGCCCGCACUGUCACCAACAACGUGUUCACCCCGGAUGUAUCUUGGAUGGGUGCCCAGACCGGUGGUGAUGCGUUUGGUGACACUGCAGACGGCUCACCGGUCGCAAGGCUCAACCGGGUGUCAUCUACUCCCACCAACAUCCCUCCAUUGACCAUGGGGGAAUCCAGAUCAUCUGUUCCUCCGGCUGGCUCUCCGGCUGUGCGAUCUCCUGAUCCCCCGGUUGCCGGUCCAUCACGUAUGCCGGCUGAUGCGCAGUCCAUCUCGGCUCCUUUGCCACGCCCGCGAUAUGGACCUCUAUCUCAACAAGGUCGGUCAACUAUACACUACAUUCCUAUACCACCAUCUACAUUAUAUACCACCGGCCCAUCCGUUACAAACAGGGUGCAGCCUGGUGUGAUAACCAAUCACGUCUGCGAACUUUGGGAAGUAGAGUCACUUAGCGAUCGAUAUAUCCAUCCGACCUGCACGAUCGAGACUCAGCACACGAUUCACGAUGCGGCUUCAGACUCAGAAGAAAGCCCUAUGCUGGUGCCCACCGCGCAUGAAGCUAUCUAUCAGACAGAUUCGCGCCACAUCAAGAGUGUUCGCCCAAGUGACAUUCGUGCCUUCCAUCCUCAGAUAGCUAAAGAUCUCGACGUAACGGAUGUUGUCGUCAGCUUGGCUUUCAGCCUAUCGAUGUUGCUAAUGCCAUUAGAGUUGAUUUGGUCUACUUAUUCGUCUUUCUGUCUCCACUCGCAGCCCCCUUCGGAGGCUGGCAUCAGUCGCUGCGCGCUCAGUACUGUCUCGGUUUCGAUGACCACGUGUAUUCUGCCGAGGUUCUCAAAGACAUCAAUAUUCGAUCAUUGCUGCCUGUAA